CACAUUGUUUCACAUAAAAAAUACACACCCAUAAAAUCCGAGAAUAUAUAUUUUUUGCACGGUCGAGAAAUGUCAUUGGAGGAGCUAUGCGGCCUCAAAGCCUUUCUGAAAACUACAAACUGUUCAAAUUCCAUGUGGCAGAUAAGCGAGCAUGACUUCCAAGAGAUCACCAGCAACUUCAACAACCCGUACCGACUGAUGGCUCCAGUCCCUGGCACACCAGACUUGACGAAUGCAAGUUUGAAGAUUGAUCACGGAACCACCGCCCUGGGGUUUGUGUACCAGGGCGGGAUUGUCCUCUGCGCGGACUCGCGGUCAUCGAGUGGCAUAAACGUGUCCACCCAGACAAUGGACAAGAUCGUGCCGGUCAGCAGUCAGCUUGUGGGGACUCUGGCUGGCGGGUCGGCCGACUGCACGUACUGGUAUCGGGUCCUGGCCCGCGAGAGCCGCCUGCAUGAGCUGCGCUACAAGAGGCCAAUGUCCGUUGACGCUGCCGCCAAGAUGAUCUGCCACGUGUCCGAGAUGCACCGCGGAACGGGCCUGAACAUGGGCCUGCUGCUGGCUGGCUAUUCUCCGAAGGGUCCGUCCCUGGUCUACGUGGACUCCGACGGGGUGAACAUCAGUGGGAAGAGAUUUUCCGUGGGCAGCGGAGCGAGCAACGCACUGGGCAUCCUCGACCCGAUGUACCGCUUCGACCUAACUGACGAGGAGGCCUUCGAUCUGGCCCUCCAGUCGCUCUGCCAGGCAACCCUCUGUGACGCCACCACGGGGGGAAUGGUGGUGCUGUACCACGUCGGGCAUGCGGCCCAUAGGAUUGUCCGCAAAGUGGACUGCAUGGAGCUACACAAAAAGUACAGCCUGGAUGCUCGGAAUUUCAGUUGAUUUUAGCUUCGUUUGUUUGUUUAAAACGCAAAAAUGUGUUUCUAAUUGCCUUUGGUUCCAUUUGCUCCCAAUUUGCACUCAAUUUUAGCAGACUCUUCAAAGUUAUACUUCCGUGAACAUUGGGAGGCCCAUGGCAAAUGGCUUUUUCCCCAAAUUCGAGACGCUAAUCAUUUUGCGCCAAAUUAACUGCUCCAGGGGAAUGCAGAGAUUUUUUCUAAGACACUUUCAGGGAAAAGCCCUUUUUUGGACACGGGCAGAACAAUUAAGUUAGCAUUCAAGGCGAAUAAGGGACAGGGUCUGGCCUGGAGUGAAUCUUUCUUUGCAUAAAUCAAUGGCAACAACAUUAUUUGAGGAUGGUGGAGGACACGGACACAGACACGGACACGAUGCUCGGAGCACGGGCACGGGCCACGACGGAAGCAAGGCAAAAAGGUCAAAUACUUACAUUUUUCUCGUUCUGUGUGCUUUGAGUCGGAGCCCCAGCAAUAAUAAACAAGAAAGUGUGAAAUAAAGCCAAAUGGACAUAAAAAUUUGUAUGU